CCGGCAGCGGUCAAUCCUUCGGAAAUGGCUUCUGAUAUCCCUGGAUCAGUGACUUUGCCUGUUGCCCCCAUGGCAACAGGGCAGGUGAGAAUGGCAGGAUCCAUGCCUGCUAGAGGAGGAAAGAGGCGUUCCGGAAUGGACUUCGAUGAUGAAGAUGGUGAAGGCCCCAGCAAAUUUUCAAGAGAGAAUCACAGUGAGAUUGAAAGGCGUAGGAGAAACAAGAUGACCCAGUACAUCACAGAGCUGUCGGACAUGGUUCCCACAUGCAGUGCUCUGGCUCGAAAACCAGAUAAGUUAACCAUUCUGCGCAUGGCAGUCUCACACAUGAAGUCCAUGAGGGGGACAGGAAACAAAUCAACUGACGGAGCCUAUAAGCCUUCAUUUUUAACAGAGCAGGAACUAAAACAUCUCAUUCUCGAGGCUGCUGAUGGAUUUCUGUUUGUAGUUGCUGCUGAAACUGGAAGAGUUAUCUAUGUGUCCGACUCAGUCACGCCAGUUCUGAACCAACCCCAGUCUGAGUGGUUUGGUAGCACCCUCUAUGAACAGGUUCAUCCAGAUGAUGUGGAAAAACUGAGAGAACAGCUGUGCACGUCUGAAAACUCAAUGACAGGUCGGAUUUUGGAUCUGAAGACAGGGACAGUCAAGAAGGAAGGUCAGCAGUCAUCUAUGAGAAUGUGCAUGGGAUCCAGACGCUCUUUCAUUUGCAGGAUGAGGUGUGGAAAUGCCCCUUUGGAUCACCUUCCUCUUAACAGAAUAACCACCAUGCGGAAAAGAUACAGGAAUGGUCUAGGCCCAGUUAAGGAAGGAGAGGCACAAUAUGCAGUAGUCCAUUGCACAGGAUACAUCAAGGCCUGGCCUCCAGCAGGAAUGACUAUACCCGAAGAAGAUGCUGACGUGGGACAAGGCAGUAAAUAUUGCCUUGUGGCGAUUGGGAGACUUCAGGUAACCAGCUCUCCUGUGUGCAUGGACAUGAAUGGGAUGUCUGUCCCUGCUGAGUUCUUAUCCCGACACAACUCUGAAGGAAUCAUCACAUUUGUGGAUCCAAGAUGCAUCAGUGUUAUUGGCUACCAACCACAGGAUCUUCUGGGAAAGGACAUUUUGGAAUUCUGCCAUCCUGAAGAUCAGAGCCAUCUAAGGGAGAGUUUUCAGCAGGUUGUUAAGCUGAAAGGCCAAGUACUAUCGGUCAUGUAUCGAUUUCGGACCAAAAACCGGGAGUGGAUGUUAAUCAGGACCAGCAGCUUCACUUUUCAGAAUCCUUAUUCUGAUGAGAUUGAAUACAUCAUCUGCACCAACACCAAUGUCAAACAACUUCAGCAACAGCAGGCCGAACUCGAGGUACACCAGAGAGAUGGAUUGUCAUCGUAUGACUUAUCUCAGGUACCCGUCCCGAAUAUACCAGCUAAUGUUCACGAGACUGGAAAGCCAGUAGAAAAGGCAGACACAAUCUUUUCCCAAGAAAGAGAUCCUCGGUUUGCGGAAAUGUUUGCAGGAAUAACUGCAUCGGAGAAAAAAAUGAUGGCUUCUGCCUCAGCAGCUGGGAACCAGCAGCUUUACUCACAAGGAAGCCCGUUCCAGCCAGGACACUCAGGAAAGGCAUUCAGCUCUUCGGUAGUUCAUGUACCUGGGGUCAAUGAUAUCCAGUCCUCUUCUUCAACAGGUCAAAACAUGACGCAAAUUUCUCGUCAGAUAAAUCAGAGUCAAGUUGCCUGGACUGGGAGUCGUCCGCCAUUUCCUGGACAGCAAAUCCCAUCACAGUCCAGCAAGACUCAGUCUUCUCCUUUUGGGAUCGGGACCAGCCACACCUACCCAGCUGACCCAUCCUCCUACAGUCCUCUCUCCAGUCCAGCCACUUCUUCACCCAGUGGGAACGCCUACUCCAGCCUUGCGAACAGGACCUCGGGGUUUGCUGAAAGUGGACAAAGUAGCGGGCAGUUUCAAGGGAGGCCUUCAGAGGUCUGGUCGCAGUGGCAAAACCAGCAUCAUAAUCAGCAGAGCAGUGACCAACAUUCACAUCAGCAGCCCAAUCAGACUGAAGUAUUCCAGGACAUGCUACCGAUGCCAGGAGACCCAACCCAGGGAACAGGCAAUUAUAAUAUUGAAGACUUUGCUGAUUUAGGCAUGUUCCCACCAUUUUCUGAGUAACAUUCAAGAGGAAAAACAAUAAAAAGAAGAAGAAAUCUCCCUCUACCCAGCACCAUUCUGUGAAACCAUCUCCAUUGUGCUUGGGGCCUGGCUUUGUCAAUGUUUUGCCACCAUAUGACCCACCAAGAAAAAGAUCUAAUUUCUUGUAUUCCAGUAGAAAUUCCCUCAUCUUAGUGUUCACGUGUAAUCUUCAUCACUAGUGCCUGGGCUUCUCGAUGGCUAUCAGAUAUGGUACUCUGGGGAGUGAUAGAAAUAUUUUUUUUUAAUUUCAUCUUAUUUUAUUUUGCCUCAGAAGUGAGUUUUGAAGGGUUCUUCACAUUGGAAUGUGAGCCACCUCUGAAUAGAUACUUUGGGUAUUUUUUAAAAAACAAUCAGUGAUAAAUUUAGUCAACACCCAAGGGAGAGGUCAGGUAACACCCAGUGCUAAGACCUACUACCAGGACAGUAAAAACCAUGUUAACAUACUGCUUUCUAAACUUCUGU